UUCACGUGCUCUCGUCAAAACGGGGACCCGCGACCCCCCUCUCCGUCUCCGCUUCCGCAGCGCCCAGAUGCGAGUCAUCGGGUGGCUGCAGCUCUCCGGGCUGGUGCUGGCGGUGCUGCUCCCCGCCGGCUGCCGCAUGGGCCCCGAGGACCUGCCCGACGACUCCAGGCGGCAGCUCGAGGCGCCCCGCGCCCGGGGCUUCGCGGCGGCUCUCAAGCGGCACUCGGAGGGCACCUUCACCAGCGACUUCACCCACUACCUGGACCGGCUGAAGGCCAAGGACUUCGUGCACUGGCUCAUCAACACCAAGCGCUACAGCUCCACGAAGAGGGACUUGCAGGAAGACCCCCGCGGCCUCCCCUUCCCCGCCGGCCGGAGCUUCCGCCACCUCCUCUCUCUCCGAUAG